AACGUUUCGUCCUCGGGGGCCGUCUCCACUCAGAAGAAAACAAAGGGUGGGAACCGUCCCGGGAUUUUGUUGACUCCUUUAGGGGAAAAAACUCCCAGCCGCCGCUCACGCUCAGUUUGCCCCAACCUGGAGUUACCAUCAACAGCACUGGCGUGGAUGCUCUCUUCACCCGGCCUUUGGGGACUCAGUUGCUUUUUGAUGGCGGCAGCCGCUGCUGGGUGAGCAGCCGGAGACUGUACGGUGCUCCUGCGGUCAGGUCAGGAGAGGAUAGCUUUCUCCCGCCGUCACUACCACCGGAUUGGGGCGGUGCUUUUCCCUCUUCAACCCCUCCACCCUCGAAGGGAGAAGAUGCCACUGCCAUUCGGGUUGAAACUAAAACGCACCCGGCGCUACACGGUGUCCAGCAAGAGCUGCCUGGUUGCCCGGAUCCAGCUGCUCAAUAACGAGUUUGUGGAGUUCACGCUGUCCGUGGAGAGCACUGGCCAGGAGAGCCUGGAGGCUGUGGCCCAAAGACUGGAGCUGCGGGAGAUCACUUACUUCAGCCUCUGGUACCACAACAAGCAAAAUCAGCGCCGUUGGGUAGAUUUGGAAAAGCCUCUCAAGAAGCAGCUGGAUAAAUAUGCAUUGGAACCUACCGUCUAUUUUGGAGUGGUGUUUUACGUGCCUUCAGUUUCACAGCUGCAGCAGGAGAUUACCAGGUACCAGUAUUAUCUGCAGCUGAAGAAAGAUAUCUUGGAAGGAAACAUUCCUUGUACGUUAGAACAAGCAAUUCAGCUAGCCGGCUUAGCUGUUCAAGCUGAUUUUGGUGACUUUGAUCAAUAUGAAUCCCAGGACUUCCUUCAGAAAUUUGCCUUGUUUCCUGUGGGGUGGUUACAAGAUGAAAAAGUAUUGGAAGAAGCAACCCAAAAAGUGGCCUUACUGCAUCAGAAAUACAGAAGGCUCACGGCUCCUGAUGCUGAAAUGCUGUACAUGCAGGAGGUAGAGAGGAUGGACGGCUAUGGAGAAGAGAGCUACCCUGCAAAGGAUAGCCAAGGCAGUGACAUAUCCAUUGGAGCAUGUCUUGAAGGCAUCUUUGUGAAACACAAGAAUGGAAGGCCUCCUGUGAUAUUUAGGUGGCAUGAUAUUGCUCACAUGUCCCACAAUAAGUCCUUUUUUGCAUUAGAGCUGGCCAGUAAAGAGGAGACCAUCCAGUUUCAAACUGAAGACAUGGAAACCGCAAAAUAUGUGUGGAGACUCUGUGUUGCGCGACACAAAUUCUACAGACUAAAUCAAUGCAGCCUGCAAACCCAGACUGUCACAGUGAACCCAGUUCGGAGGAGGUCAUCUUCAAGGGUGUCUCUGCCUAAGCCCCAGUCCUAUGUGAUGCCUCCCCAGCCCCAGCUGCAUUAUAAUGGACAUUAUACAGAACCAUACACUUCCUCCCAAGAUAACCUCUUUGCCACCAAUCAGAAUGGAUACUAUUGCCACUCCCAGACGAGUCUGGAUCGAGCCCAGAUUGACCUCAGCGGUCGGAUCCGAAACGGCAGCGUAUACAGCGCGCACAGCACCAACUCCCUGAACAACCCUCAGCCCUACCUGCAGCCCUCCCCCAUGUCCUCCAACCCGAGCAUCACUGGGAGUGACGUCAUGAGGCCCGACUACGUGCCGUCACACCGCCACAGUGCCCUGAUCCCGCCGUCGUACCGCCCGACCCCGGAUUACGAGACGGUCAUGAAGCAGCUCAACCGGGGAAUGGUGCCCGCCGAAAGGCAGAGCCGCUCGCUGCGAAACCUCAACAUCGGCAACUCGUACGCCUACAGCCGGCCCGACGCGCUGGUCUACAGCCAGCCGGAGAUUCGGGAGCACGCGCACUUUGCCUCCCCGCAGUCGGCGCACUACCCGUUCAGCCUCAACUACAGUUUCCACAGCCCGUCCCCGUACCCGCACCCCGCCGAGCGGCGGCCCGUGGCGGGCGCCGUCAGCGUGCCCGAGCUGACCAACGUGCAGCUGCAGGCGCAGGACUACCCGGCCCCUAACAUCAUGCGCACGCAGGUGUACCGCCCGCCCCCGCCCUACCCGCCCCCGCGGCCGGCCAACAGCACCCCGGACCUGUCCCGCCACCCGUACAUCAGCAGCAGCAACCCCGACCUCAUCACCAGGCGCGUGCACCAUUCGGUGCAGACGUUCCAGGAGGCCAGCCUGCCGGUGGCGCACUCCCUGCAGGAGGUCAGCGAGCCGCUCACGGCCGCCCGGCGCGCGCACCUGCACAAGAGGAACAGCAUCGAGGUGGCCGGGCUGGCGCACAGCCUCGAGGGCCUGCGGCUGAAGGAGCGCACGCUGUCCGCCUCGGCCGCUGACCCGCCGCCGCCGCCGCGGCCUGUCUCCGCGGGCUCCCAGCCCUGCGGCUUCCCCGAGAGGGCCGAGCGGGACGAGGCGGAGGAGCAGGGAGGCCUGGGCUAUGGCCACAAGAAGUCUCUCUCGGACGCCACCAUGCUGAUCCACAGCAGCGAGGACGAGGAGGACCCGGAGGAGGACGUGGCCAUGCUGGAGGUGCCCCUGCUGCCGGCCCGCGCGCCGCGGGGCCGCCACUCCCCCGAGCCUCCGCCUGGCCCGGCCCGUGGGCCCUGCGCCCCGGUCCCUGCCGCUCUGGGCCCGGGCCCCCUGCACGGCCGCGAGCCCGGGCCCCAUCUCGGGGAGGCCCUUCGACCCCGCAGAGAGGGGCUGCUCACGCCCUCCAUGUCCGAAUCUGAUCUCACCACGUCGGGGCGCUACCGAGCCAGGAGGGACUCCCUGAAGCAGCGGCCGGUGUCAGAUCUCCUCUCCGGAAAGAAGAACGUCGUGGAAGGCCUUCCGCCGCUAGGGGGAAUGAAAAAGAGCCGGGUAGAUGCAAAAAAAAUUGGUCCUCUCAAAUUGGCUGCCCUAAAUGGACUCUCCCUGUCUCGACUGCCUCUGCCGGAUGAAGGAAAGGAAGUGCCUGCCAGAGCCACCAAUGACGAGAGGUGUAAAAUUCUGGAACAGCGGUUAGAACAGGGAAUGGUAUUCACAGAAUAUGAAAAAAUUCUUAAAAAACGGCUAGUUGAUGGGGAGUGCUCAACAGCACGACUCCCUGAAAAUGCAGAAAGAAAUCGAUUCCAAGAUGUCCUUCCCUAUGACGAUGCCCGAGUGGAGCUGGUCCCAACUAAAGAAAACAAUACCGGCUACAUCAAUGCGUCUCAUAUUAAGGUCUCUGUCAGUGGAAUUGAGUGGGAUUAUAUCGCCACACAGGGACCAUUACAGAAUACCUGUCAGGAUUUCUGGCAGAUGGUGUGGGAACAGGGAAUUGCCAUUAUAGCCAUGGUGACAGCGGAAGAGGAGGGCGGAAGGGAGAAGAGCUUCAGGUAUUGGCCACGACUUGGCUCCAGGCACAACACCGUCACCUACGGGAGGUUUAAGAUCACAACCCGGUUCCGCACGGACUCUGGCUGCUAUGCCACCACCGGCUUAAAGAUGAAGCACCUGCUCACGGGGCAGGAGAGGACAGUGUGGCAUCUCCAGUACACAGACUGGCCUGAGCACGGCUGUCCGGAAGACCUCAAGGGGUUUUUGUCAUACCUCGAAGAGAUCCAGUCUGUUCGACGCCAUACAAAUAGUACCAGUGAACCAAAAAGCCCCAACCCUCCCUUGCUGGUCCAUUGCAGCGCAGGAGUGGGAAGGACUGGCGUCGUCAUCUUGUCGGAGAUCAUGAUCGCCUGUCUGGAACACAACGAGGUGGUGGACAUCCCAAGGGUGCUGGACAGGCUGAGGCGACAGAGGAUGAUGAUGGUGCAGACCCUCUGCCAGUACACGUUCGUGUACCGAGUGCUCAUUCAGUUCCUGAAAAGCUCAAGGCUCAUAUGAGCUCCCACAGCUUGUCACGGGGACCGAUGGAUCAUGGGAAGCGUUUACAGCGAAAAGAAGUGCUUGCCUAACUCCUACUUCCUCCGGCACCCUGGGCCGCCAGAGACCGUGUGAAUGGAUGACGGGCACUGAAGGCACUGUGCCGAGCAGGAGGCCAAAGUCGGGAGGCUUGGCCCGGGAAGGAUGCUGAGGGAGAAGGACUCGGUUCCCAGGGCCUCGCCCAGCUCCGGUCUGUCCCAUUUGCGGUACUUGCACACUUUGUGGAGGUUGUGUUUUCCAGACAAUUCUCUGUUUUACUGAAGCUAUGCUGGGCAACUCUGGCAAUCAUUAAGGCGCAUAGAUUUCUAUCUUAAACUAGUUUUUGAUAAUGGAAUUUUAUUUUAUGACUAAAGUAUUUGAACUUUCUAGGCGGAUGGUCCACAGGUGUGAUUGGUUCCUGUAUAAGUUUGUAUUUAAAACCAUGUUGCUGUUUCUCGUUACUUCUUAAAAACCUUGGGUACUUAACAGUUUAGUUACCAAACCCGAAACUACGAGAAGAAUCUAAAAGUGUUAUUUUCAAACACAGAAAGCAUUUUUAUAUUCAGAAAAUUUCUUAUCCUAAAAAUUCUAUAUAUUUGUACCUUCUAUUUUUUCCAGACGAGAGUUCAUCUCAACUCAUUAAGAUACUGAAAUGAAUGAAGGCACAUGAUUGAAAAUGUAAGAGAAUAAUCGGAUUCACCGUUUUAUUCAGUAUUAUUUGUAAACCCAAACGAGUUCGAUUUUUCAUUGGUUGAAAAUGAAUUGAAAAACCAUUGCAUCGGAUGGUUUUAAGCACUUUUUUUUUAUUAAAAACAGAUCUGAGUUUUGACAUGUGCUGCUUUACAGAUGAAACAGUAACAGUGGACAUUGCUCCAGAAGGAGUGUUUUGGAAGAGCUGAGGAAUAAGUGUAUGUAGGAUGGUUGGGGCAAGAUGAGUGUGGCAUAAGUACAAGAUGCCUUUGGCCAAAGUACAGUAUUAACUAUACUCGGACUGCGAGGCUGGGGUGGAGAGAGGGGGAGCUUGGGAGGGUGGGGGCCGAGCUGCCCCCAGACGGUGGGUAUCCCCGGGAAAUUCAAGAGCCAUCCCUGUCAGUGACUCUUUCCCUGGAGUUUCUUAUACCUCAACUCCUUUUCUAAUAAAUAAAGUCAGGUUUCUGUGACCAUCAAAAGCCUUGAAGGGGCUUUCUUUUCUUUUGGUUGAAAGAAGGGAAGAGUUGCUAAUAGUUUCACCUCAUUUCCCAAAACUGCGCCCAUACUUGUGGGGCCACCCGGGAUCGCUGUGGUAUUCAGGAGGUGCUCGGGUUUUAGCUCCCCAACCUCCUGACUUCACCCCUGAGGUCAGUUUUAGCUUCUUGGGCCCCCCUCUCCCCCCAGCCCCCAUCCUUUUCAGAUGCGCCGAGUGCCGGUGGGCAGAACCAGGCUGAGUUAGAGAAGGGAGAGUGUUGCCUUUGGUCCGGGCUAAGAUGGCCUUGUCACGGAGGGACUUGAGUAGGUCUGAGGACUAAUUGGAACAUUUACCUGAGGAACCAUGUCGUAUUUCCUUCCGAGGCUGCGUCUGUACAAUGCACAGCUUCCACAAUGUCACAUGCAGGGUUCUGCCCCUACUUAGGAUCUCCUAGGGGUGGUUCCGAUUCCUCCGUUCACCCCUAAAGCAGCGUAAGUCACUGUGGUGACCACGGAGUGUGUGUGGUCACCUGGGAGGCAGGAUUUCCUUCAUACGGUGUGGAUCUGCCCAUCUCUAAGUCACCCAGAAACCACCCACCGAAGAGGAAAAUUCACAAGAUACUAAUGAAAGCGAGAGGUGGAAGUGGACACAAGCGCUCACCUAGGGACAAAAUGUUCCUUUUAAACCGGAAGUUGUUUUAAGAGUCCUGUUUAAGUAACAGUAGACCCAAGUGUGAAUAUUGACAAAGAGCUCCCAGAAGAACGGAAUAAGAGUUUUUUAUGGUCAUGUUUCCCGUCUCCACACCAUGUAAAGGACAGGAACGUUUGCAGUGCUUUCUUUUCUCCCGCGGUACGUUUUUUUUAAAAUGCUUUUCUGUCAGGUUUACACAUUUUGAAGUGUCCCAAUGACAAGAACAUACUGUAAAACAAAAAUCCGAAGAGUAAUAUAUGGUAUAUUUGUCGUCCAGUUGUAAUAACUGUAAGAAAAUUACUUUUGAGGGCUACGUCAUACCGUUUAAAUGUCACUCUUAAAACGUCGCAUGUUUGACAUAGCUUCUAAGAUCCAUGUCAUUUAUUGUCCCUUUUGAAUAAACUUUUCCAGUUAGUGAAUGUCAAAGUACUUCUAGAUAAAAAUAAAUCUACAUUACUGGACUCGGAAAUGAUGUGAUUUUCCAGAGUGAACUGUGUAACAUGGACACUUGGUAGGAUGUUGCCAUCUGCCAAGCCUCCGCGGUGCUUUAGUGUCUCAGUGUCUUUUAGUCCCUUGAGGUUCUACGUUUCAUGUCAAAAUUACCAAGAUGUACAUUUCCCCAAAAAGCAAGUUAUGAGCCGGUGUUUCCCAGAAGAUCCAUGUUGGCAUCUCUGGCAUCAGUCUUCCUGAUUAGUGGGGUCUUUAAAAAAGAUUUUUAAGUAAUCUCUACACCCAACGUGGGGCUCAAACUUACGACCCCGAGACCAAGAGCCACACACUCCUCCCGACUGGACCAGCCAGGCGCCCAUAGUCUCUUGAUGAAAUGUUCUCCCUGAGAGUUUUGAGCACAGAAAGUAUUCAUUUGGGAAGUUAAUUGUAGUCACGAUUAAUCACUUUUUUCCUGGAACACCUACUGUGAAAUACCCUGAAAGCCCUGGUAUUUAGCCUUUAAAACCCUUUGGCAGAAAUAAAACAGAAGGUGGACUUAGGCUCCCUCAGAAGCUCCCAGAAAGAGCAAGGUCUAAACAGAAACACAAAGGAGGGGAGUGUCAGGCUGUAGGACCGAGUGAUGAGAGCAGCAGAGCCGACUUUUUUUUGAAGCUUUUUUUAAAUUGUAAUGUUUAUUUAUUUUUGAGAGAAAGAGAGCGUGAGGGGAGAGGGAUAGAGAGAGGGAGACACAGAAUCGGAAGCAGGCUCCAGGCUCCAAGUUGUCAGCACAGAGCCUGACGCGGGGCUCGAACUCAUGAACCGUGAGAUCAUGACCUGAGCUGAAGUCAGAUGCUCCACCGACUGAGCCGCCCAGGCGCCCCUGAAGCUUUUGUCGUCACAAGAAAACAGCCCCUUCAGAUGGGUUGACAUGGUACUAUUCACAACAUUAAGAAAAUACAAAUGUACAUAUAUAACAUAUAUAAUAUAAAACUUUGUACGUUUUAAAAUCUACAAUUGGAGGUCAGCUGUACCUUAGGAACAGGCUUGAGAUUUGCACGAACAAAUGGAAACAAGAAUUACUGUUUAUUGUAAAUCACUUUUAAAAUCAGGCUUGUUAAAAAGUUUACUUAAUUCAAGUGAUCUCUACACCCAACAUGGGGCUCAAACUCACAACCCUGAGAUCAAGAGUCACAUGCUCCUCUGAGCCAGCCAGGCGUCCCUAAAAUCAGAUUUUUAAAGGGAAUUCUUUGGUAUAUAAACUUAGGGAACUUGUUUCCCAUCAGGAUUUCAUGUGGAAUAAGCUAAAACUAUCUUUUUCCAGUUUAAAGUCUAUUAAAAAAAAUUAAA